ACUGGCAUCUCGCAAGUAUCGCGGGAACAGGGAAGGGUGAACGCUUUUAGCGCUUAGAAAUCACUAUGGUGACAGGAAGGUCGGGAGGCUACUUGGUAACUGCUCUUAGCUCUGAGAGCAAUCGCCGCCGCUUUCCCGGAACUUGAGUGGAUACAAUCAAGUGGUAUUUAAAAUCUUUCUGGAACUAAAGACAUGAGGCUGAAGAUAUCUCUCCUAAAAGAACCAAAGCAUCAGGAAUUAGUGAGCUGUGUAGGUUGGACAACGGCUGAGGAGCUGUACUCAUGCAGCGAUGAUCACCAGAUAGUGAAGUGGAACUUGCUAACCAGUGAGACCAGUCUAAUAGUAAAGCUGCCUGAUGACAUCUACCCGAUAGAUCUUCACUGGUUUCCCAAAAGUUUAGGCAUGAAGAAGCAGACACAGGCAGAAAGUUUUGUCCUCACAAGUUCUGAUGGUAAAUUUCAUCUCAUUUCCAAGUUAGGACGAGUGGAAAAAAGUGUAGAGGCUCACUGUGGAGCUGUGCUCGCAGGAAGAUGGAAUUAUGAGGGGACUGCAUUAGUUACAGUUGGAGAAGAUGGACAAGUGAAAAUCUGGUCAAAGACGGGGAUGCUUAGGUCAACAUUAGCUCAGCAAGGAAUACCAGUGUAUUCAGUAGCAUGGGGCCCCGAUUCAGAAAAGGUUCUUUAUACAGCAGGCAAACAGCUCAUCAUUAAACCUCUUCAACCAAAUGCUAAAGUUUUACAGUGGAAAGCCCAUGAAGGCAUUAUUUUAAAAGUCGAUUGGAACUCAGUCAAUGAUCUUAUUUUAUCUGCUGGUGAAGACUGUAAGUAUAAGGUUUGGGAUAGUUAUGGCCGUGUACUGUACAGUUCUCAGCCUCAUGAACACCCUAUGACCUCAGUUGCCUGGGCUCCAGAUGGAGAGUUGUUUGCUGUUGGAUCAUUUCAUACCUUACGCUUGUGUGAUAAAACUGGGUGGUCAUAUGCUUUAGAAAAACCCAACACUGGCAGCAUAUUUAAUAUCACGUGGUCAAUUGAUGGCACGCAGAUCGCUGGAGCCUGUGGAAACGGGCAUGUUGUCUUUGCACAUGUGGUGGAGCAGCGCUGGGAGUGGAAAAAUUUUCAAGUAACACUAACGAAGAGAAGGACUAUGCAGUACGAAGAACUGGAAUACACCACUUAUAUUUGAUCUCAAGGAAGGAACUGUUAGCUUAAUUCUCCAGGCAGAAAGACAUUUUCUUCUUGUAGAUGGUGGUGGUAUCUACUUGCAUUCUUAUGAAGGGCGCUUCAUUUCUUCUCCGAAGUUUCCUGGAAUGAGGACAGAUAUUUUGAAUGCACAGACUGUAUCCCUGAGUAAUGAUACUAUAGCAAUAAAAGACAAAGCUGAUGAAAAGAUAAUCUUCCUCUUUGAAGCAUCAACUGGAAAACCCUUAGGGGAUGGGAAACUUCUUUCUCAUAAGAAUGAAAUCUCAGAAAUUGCUCUGGAUCAAAAAGGACUUACCAAUGACAGAAAAAUUGCUUUCAUUGAUAAAAAUAGAGACCUCUACAUCACCUCAGUGAAACGAUUUGGGAAAGAAGAGCAGAUUAUUAAACUUGGAACCAUGGUGCAUACAUUGGCAUGGUGUGAUUCAUGCAAUAUCCUUUGUGGACUUCAAGAUACCCGAUUCACAGUGUGGUAUUACCCCAAUACCAUUUAUGUGGACAGAGAAAUUUUGCCGAAAACAUUGUACGAAAGAGAUGCAAGUGAAUACAGUAAAAACCCCCACAUAGUGAGUUUUGUUGGAAAUCAGGUGACUAUAAGAAGAGCUGAUGGCUCCCUGGUACACGUCAGCAUAUCCCCAUACCCUGCCAUCCUCCAUGAGUAUGUGAGCAGCUCAAAAUGGGAAGAUGCUGUAAGGCUCUGCCGAUUUGUUAAGGAGCAAAGCAUGUGGGCUUGCCUAGCAGCUAUGGCAGUUGCUAAUCGAGAUAUGAUUACUGCCGAAAUAGCUUAUGCUGCAAUUGGUGAAAUUGAUAAAGUUCGAUACAUCAAUGCUAUAAAAGAUCUUCCAUCUAAAGAGUCAAAAAUGGCCCACAUAUUAAUGUUUAGUGGGAACAUACAAGAGGCUGAGACAGUACUUCUCCAGGGUGGCCUCAUUUAUCAAGCAAUCCAGAUCAACAUUAAUCUCUAUAACUGGGAAAGGGCACUGGAGUUGGCUGUGAAAUACAAAACCCAUGUUGAUACAGUUCUUGCUUAUCGUCAAAAAUUUUUGGAGACAUUUGGUAAACAGGAAACUAAUAAACGAUAUUUGCAAUAUGCAGAAGGUCUCCAAAUAGACUGGGAGAAAAUCAAAGCCAAAAUUGAGAUGGAAAUUACUAAAGAACGUGACCGAUCAACCAGCAGCCACUCUGUCAAGAACUUGGGCUUAAAGCACUAAAUGCCACACUGACCUCUAAACUAGUUCAGAGUAACCAAAGAUGUGCAUGUUUUGUUUGCUUUUAAAAAAAAAAAAAAAGGCAUGAUUUUAA